AUGCAGAUCGCAUUGUUGUUCUUAGCUCUGGCGAGUGCGUGGAGACCGGGACUCAUGAGGAACUGCUGGCGAAGGGCCAGGUUUACAAGGACCUGGUUCAACGUCAGCUUGAGAGGAUUGUUUGGAUCUCUGAUUUUCCUUCGUAGGUUUGCCCAUGAGCCUAAGAAGAGCAUCAGAAGAACCUCUCCUGCGGCCGUCGGCUCAACUUUUGCGAGUUACCUGUGGAAACGAUCUCACGCACAGGCGGAAGAAGAGCAAGCACGGGCUGCUGCUUUGGCAAUGGAAAAAGGUGAAAAAGGAGAAGGCAAAGGAGAAGGCAAAGGAGGCAAAGGUCGCAGGCGGCCAGCCUCGCGCGGUCGGCCGAAGGAGGCUGAUCCGCCCAGCCCCCCCGUGCGCCGCAGCUCCUCGGCCCCUGGGAGACCUCGCGAGGAGCCCCCGAGCCAGGAAGCAGCUCCGCCGAAACGCCGCCCUCGCCGAGCCUCCUCCACCGCUUCCCGGGGAGCGAGGAGGCCCCCUCGGACAGAGAGGCCUCGGGCGAAUUGGGGACAUCCGGAAGGGAAGAAGUUUGAAGAACUCGAAGCAGAAUCUCGCAUCGACGGUGUUGUUGUGAACGUCGGUGAUUUUGGUGUCUUUGCUGACAUCGGCUACGAGCAGAAUGCCAUCCUGGCCAUUCCUCGUAGGUUUUGGCGCCGAUUUCGGCGUGGCGAUGUGUUGGAGGCCAUGGAGGUCGUCUCUGUGGAUCUUGAACUCCGCCGUGCCACUGUAACAGUGGCGGACGUCGAAGAGGCCCUGAAGCCGAGCAGAAUUCCGCUGGAGGAGCUGCAGGAGGGCAGCUACUUGAACGGUGUAGUGGACACCAAAAACCAGUUUGGCAUCUUCAUCAAUGUGGGCUGUGAAGCCUGCCACGGAAAACUCCAGCUUCCGCGCUUCAUGGGCAACCAGCUCAUCCGCGGGCAGGUUCUGCGCGACCUUUGCGUGGCGACGGUUGACCUGGAGAUGCGACGAGUUCGAUUGAUCAUGGACGAUGUCGAAGGUGCCAUUGCAGAUCCCGAGAUGGUCUCCCUGGCAACGCUGAUGGCAGAUGCCGACAGGGACACGAAGGACCCCAAAGCAGAUGCUCCGAAGCCGAAGAAGGCUGAUCGGGAGCCCAAGCCCAAGGCUAAGGAGCCGCCCGGGCCGCCUGUCAGGGUACCCAAGGCGAAGUCGCAACCCAAAGUUGAAGAAGUGGCUGAGCCUGAGCCGAAAGAAGAGAAGGAAGAGGAGCCAGAGGAGAUGCAGCUUGAGCCCGGUGACCUGGUGGACGGGGUCGUCACCACGAUCAACAGCAAGGGCGUUUGGGUAAACAUUGGUGGCGGCAAGAAGGGCCUCCUCGAGGUUCCAGCCGAGCUGAAGGGCGAGUUCCGAAGGGGCGACAGCGUGCAGGGCAUGCGAGUGGAGGAAGUGAAGGAGGACGGGAAUCCGGUGCUAUCCAUGGAUGACCCUGAGUUGGAGGCGGGACUGUGCCUACAGAAUCGCAAAUCCAAAGCUUUGUAG